AUGGGAUCCUGCUUCUCCUCCUCCUCCUCCUCCUCCGCCGCCACCGCCGACGGAGGUUCCGAGGACCAUCGAUACCCUCUGACGGCUAAAGUCAUCACAGCCGACGGCUUCUUGCUGGAGUACCCCGCCGAGACCAAGGUCCGCGACGCCCUAUCCGUCCAACGCAUAUCGAAUUCCUUCAUCUGCAGCUCCGACGAGCUCUACUGCAACGCCAAAAUCCCAGCUUUGACCGCCGCCGACCCGCUCCGGCCGGGCCAUCUCUACUUCCUCCUCCCGCUUUCCAAGCUCGAGUACCCGCUCUCUGGUUCUGACAUGGCGGCGCUCGCGGUGCGGGCGAGCGUGGCGCUCUCGGCGUAUGCUUCCGGCUCCGGUGAACGGAGACGCAAGGGAGCUCGAGGGUGA